GGGGGGGAGCGGAGAGGAGGAAGAGGAAGAGACAUGUUUUCAGCUGGCGAUGCAGCGAACAGAAUUGGAGGGAGCCUAGGUCACCCAAGCUGCAGCGUUUGUCCUUGUCGUAGUCUUCCCCUUCUUCCCCUUUAUCGGAAAGCAAGCUGUGCCAAGAUCGCCGAGGGAGAGAGAGAGAUUUUUAAGGAAAACUACUAAACUGAGAUUCUGAAGGAUGGGUAAAGACUUCCGGUAUUAUUUCCAGCAUCCAUGGUCUCGAUUAAUUGUGGCUUAUCUGGUGAUCUUCUUUAACUUCUUAAUAUUUGCGGAGGAUCCUGUCUCUCACAGUCAAACAGAGGCCAAUGUUAUUGUUGUUGGAAACUGUUUUUCAUUUGUAACCAAUAAAUACCCUAGAGGAGGAGGCUGGAAGCUCUUGAAAGUGCUUCUAUGGCUACUUGCAAUUCUCAUAGGACUAAUAGCUGGCAAAUUCCUGUUCCAUCAGCGUUUGUUUGGUCAGUUGCUUCGGUUGAAAAUGUUUCGAGAGGAUCAUGGUUCUUGGAUGACAAUGUUCUUCAGCACCAUUCUCUUCCUCUUCAUAUUUUCCCACAUAUAUAAUAUGAUUCUCCUCAUGGAAGGAAACAUGGGAGCAUACAUUAUUACAGACUUCAUGGGCAUCAGAAAUGAAAGUUUUAUGAAAGUAGCUGCUGUAGGAACCUGGAUGGGAGACUUUGUUACAGCUUGGAUGGUCACUGAUAUGAUGCUUCAGGACAAACCAUAUCCUGAUUGGGGAAAAUCAGCUAGAGCUUUCUGGAAAAAAGGAAAUAUCAGAAUAAUUUUGUUCUGGACAGUUCUUUUCACUUUGACCUCUGUCGUUGUGCUUGUCAUCACCACUGAUUGGAUCAGCUGGGACAAGUUGAAUCGUGGAUUUCUGCCCAGUGAUGAAGUCUCUAGAGCCUUCUUGGCUUCCUUCAUCCUAGUCUUUGAUCUUCUUAUUGUCAUGCAGGAUUGGGAAUUCCCACAUUUCAUGGGGGACGUUGAUGUAAAUCUCCCUGGAUUACACACACCUCAUAUGCAGUUCCAGAUUCCUUUCUUCCAGAAGAUCUUUAAGGAAGAAUAUCGAAUACAUAUAACAGGUAAAUGGUUUAACUAUGGCAUCAUUUUCCUCGUCCUGAUUUUGGACCUUAAUAUGUGGAAGAACCAAAUAUUUUAUAAGCCACAUGAAUAUGGGCAGUAUAUUGGCCCUGGACAAAAGAUUUAUACUGUGAAGGAUGCAGAAAGCUUAAAGGAUUUAAACAGAACCAAGCUAUCUUGGGAAUGGAGAUCUAAUAACACUAACCCUCAGACCAAUAGAACAUAUGCAGAGGGAGAUAUGUUCUUGCAUAGCAGAUACAUAGGAGCAAGUCUUGAUGUUAAAUGUUUGGCUUUUGUUCCAAGCUUGAUAGCUUUUGUGUGGUUUGGUUUUUUCAUCUGGUUCUUUGGGCGAUUUUUGAAAAAUGAACAAGGCAUGGAGAACCAAGAUAAAAGUUACACACGAAUGAAAAGGAAAUCACCUUCAGAGCACAGCAAAGAUAUGGGAAUGACUCGAGAAAAUACCCAAGCCUCAGUUGAGUAUCCCUUGAAUAAUUCACCUGUAGUCUACAUCAAGUCAGAUUUCAAUGAAAUUAUCUACAAUUCCUCCCACUUGACUUCAGAAAACUUGAACUUGCACUUGAAUGACCCAUGUGGCACAACAGAACCAAACCCAGAACAUGUGAUGACUGAAUGUACACCCACAAAAUCAAUCCAGUGAUGCCACCCUAUCCCAGAAGGCAAAGAAAUGCACACAAGAAUAUACCUUUAAGGAUCACUCUGUCCUUUUGUACAUAAGGUGUAUGUAGCAUUAGAUGGAGAAAUAUAACCUAGGCCACAAAGGUGCUCAACAUGCUCUUUCUAGAACUCAUUAUUUUCUAUUUGUAUUAUGAUAAUGUGCCUCCUAUGUAUCCAACAGUCCUCUAGAGAUUGCUUCUCACAAUUGCACAAGCUAAUUAUUGCCAUGUUGACUUUACAGAGUAGUAAACUACUAGGUGGUUAUUCAAAAGUAUAAAGUUCUACCAUAGUGGUGCCUUGAGACAUCAAACUUUUUAACUGUCAGUAAGUCAACAAGCAUACAUUAAGUGCCUACUAUGUUCCAGGCACUGUGCUAAGCAACAGAGAUACAAAGAAGAGUAAAAAGCACUCUCUGCUUUCAAGGAGCUCAUGGUCUAAUGUGGGAGACAAUAUGCAAGCAACUAUGAACAAACAAAUAUACAGGACAAGUUAGAGAUAAUUAACAGAAGGAAGGCACUGAGGAUUAAAGGGGAUCAGGAAGGCUCCUGUAAGGAGAUGGGAUAUUAGCUGGGACUUGAAGGAAAUUAGAAAGGCCAGGAGAUGUUGAUAGGAGGGGAGAUAAUUUCAGGCAUGGGGAAUAGCCAGUGAAAAUGCCUGGAGCUGGGUGAAAUGGGAGGUUCUAAACAAGAAAUAGCAAAGAAGCCUCUAUCACUUUAUCUCAGAUUAUGUGGGAUAGGUAAAGUAGGAAGGGCCCAAGUUGACUUUGAAUACUAAACAGGAUUUUAAAUCAAUCCUAGUGUCAAUAAGGAUCUAUUGGAAUUUAUUGACUAGGGAUGAUGUGAUCAUACCUAUACUUUUUGACAGCCAAGUGAGAGGAUGGACUGGAGUGGGGAGAAACCUGAGAGAGGGAGACAAACUCAAAGGCUAUUGCAAUAAUUAAAAAAUAUGGUAACUAGAACUCAUGUCAGAGAGGUGUUAGUAUCAAAGGAGAUAAAGGGAUAUAUAAAAGAGAUGUUGUGGAGGUAGAAUUGACAGGACUUGGCAACAAAUUAGAUAUGGGAAGUGAAAGAGAAUGAAAAGUCAAGGAUCACAGCUAGGUUUUGAGCUUGGGUAACUUGGAGGAUGAUGAUGUCCUACUCAGUAGUAGGAAAGUUGGGAAGAGGAGAAAGGCAAAGGAAGAAUAUAUUGAAUUUAUUUUUGGAUAUAUUGCAUUUAAUAUUUGUGUGGGACAUCUAAUUUGUGAUAUCUAAUGAAGUAUAUAACAGUUCUAUUUUUUUCUUUAAUAAAAUUGUUUUGACCAGCACUGGAGAUCUGAUCAGGAAACUGAUGUAGCCAAUGCCAUAAUAAUGGUUUUUCGGGUCUAUAAUGUUCCGUGAAGAUAUCUUUGUUACCUUCUCAACUCUACGCAGUAGGUAGCUUUGAUAAUUGGACUGCAGAGAAGCAUGUUGAUUUUAAUUUUAUUGGCAGACUAACAAAUAAAAUACAGAUAUAAAAGCCAAUAAAUAUUAACCCAACAUAAGUCACUUCUUAUAAGAAUGGUACAAUCUCUAUUCAUUAAUUAUAAUUGCUACUUGGUACAAUGUCAUCCCUUAUGUGUAACUCUACAAUGCCAAGGAAAAAAGGUUCAAUUGUGAAGCCCACAACAUUUGUAACACCUACUGUAAAUGUAUUUCCUGUUUGUGAAAAUGAGAAAACAGAUGACAACCCUGAGAUAAUGAAUUCCUUCAAAAAUAAUGCAAUAAAAGACUUUGCAGCAGAGAGAAAAGACAGAUGCUGGAAGAAACAAAGGUUUUAGUGACUUUUCCUGUCUUUUUUAUUUUUCUUUUGAAAAUAAAACUUUGCACAUGAAUAAAUAAAUUCCCAUAAAUGAC